GCCUUCCCUUCUGACCUUCCCACCGCCACCUUCGCUGCCCCACUCUGUCUCUCUCUCUCUCGUAUUCCGACACUGCUUCGGUUUCUUUUGUUUUUAAAAACAGAAGACUUUGAAAUCCCCAAUCAUCUCCUCCUUUUUAGCCUUUGCCGCCCCCGUCGCCACCCCCUACUUCCUUGUCUCUUUCUCAUUUGCUCUCUCUCUCUCUCUCUCUCUCUCUCUGAGCGUGACGAUGGGGGAAGCAGAAGAGGGAAGCUGGACCUUCGGCUCGGUCCUCGUCUCCUUCGAGUUUUCUUGUGUGAUUCGGUAGCCUUCUUCUUCUAUUAUUAGUACUGAGAUCUCUUUAACUCGAAAGGAUCUGGAGAUCCAGUUUUAGGGGAGCCAAUUUAUCGGAAAAACAGUGGGCAAGCCGCAGGUCCCAAAAUGGAUCAGUAUGAGGUUUUGGAGCAGAUAGGAAAAGGAGCAUUCGGUUCAGCACUUUUGGUGAGGCAUAAGGUUGAGAAAAAGAGGUAUGUCUUGAAGAAGAUCCGGCUUGCCCGCCAGACUGAUAGGUGCCGCAGGUCUGCUCACCAAGAGAUGGAGCUUAUUGCUAAAGUACGGAACCCAUUUAUUGUGGAGUACAAAGAUUCCUGGGUUGAGAAGGGAUGCUACGUGUGCAUUAUAAUAGGUUAUUGUGAGGGAGGGGACAUGGCAGAAACUAUAAAGAAGGCCAGUGGAAAAUAUUUCCCUGAAGAGAAGCUUUGCAAGUGGCUUGUGCAGCUCCUUAUGGCACUUGAUUACUUGCACAUGAACCAUAUUCUUCAUCGUGAUGUAAAGUGUUCAAAUAUAUUCCUUACAAAAGAUCAGAACAUACGGCUUGGCGAUUUUGGGCUUGCUAAAAUGCUGUCCUCUGAUGAUCUCGCAUCCUCAGUUGUGGGAACUCCCAGCUACAUGUGCCCAGAACUUCUUGCUGAUAUACCUUAUGGCUCUAAAUCUGAUGUCUGGUCUCUAGGGUGCUGUAUAUAUGAGAUGACUGCUCUUAAGCCCGCAUUUAAAGCUUUUGAUAUGCAGGCUCUUAUAAACAAAAUUAACAAGUCCAUAGUGGCCCCUUUACCGAGUACAUACUCUGGUGCAUUUAGGGGACUCAUCAAAAGCAUGCUGCGCAAGAGCCCAGAACGCAGGCCAAGUGCUGCAGAACUGCUCAAGCAUCCACACCUUCAGGCUUAUGUGUUUCAAGUCCAUUUAAAGACUAGCCCUAGUCGCAAUAUGAUUCCUAUUGAACAGCCUGCAAGCAAGCACAUAAAGAAAAUUAGAUUUCCUGAUGACGAAGGUGCUUCUGCUUGGAAGGACAAGGAGAAAAGGCAAUCUUUUGGCAAUGAGAGGAUCUUCGAACUGAACAAGCCUGCACCUGAGCAAAACUCUAUGAGUUCUACACGAAGCAUAAAUGAUUAUCCGAAUUAUCUGAACCAAAGGAUAAAAGAAUUAUCGGUCGGUAGUAAUCAAGUUGGAGAGAUUGGUGUUGACAAAGCAAUCAAUACAAAGCAGUCGACCACCAUGAAGACCCCUAGAUAUACUCCUGCCAAAACCUUUACAACUCCAAGGAAGGGGAUGGAGCCAUCAAAAGCAUUUCAUACCGGACAAAAUCGUGAUGUGAUGCAGCUCAAACCAUCGCAAACUCCAGCAGAUAGAAGUUCUCGGCCCACUCGAAGAGCAUCUCUUCCUUUGCCUACAUUUGAAACCCCCCAUCGACAUCAUAUCAGUAUUCUCCACCGCAUGAAUUCUCCUGAUGUGUCUGUCAAUGCGCCUAGAAUAGAUAGAAUUGCUGAGUUCCCAUUAGCGUCUUCUGAAGAUCCCCUGUUCUCCUUCCAUAAAUUCUCAUCAGCUCAAGGCUCCUGUUCUGUGAGCCCUCACUAUGGUGACCGUACCAUCACUAAGGAUAAAUGCACCGUCCAAAUCUUCCGAACAGAAGCAGACAAUGGGAGCGAUUCAUCAGACCGAAAUCCAACAGCUGUGGAUGUUUCAAGCCGGGGAUCAACAGAAUCAAGGCAGCGGAGGUUUGACACUUCAUCAUACCAGCAGCGGGCAGAGGCCUUGGAAGGAUUGCUCGAGUUCAGUGCACAGUUGUUACAGCAGGAAAGAUUUGAAGAGUUGGCAGUGCUCUUGAAGCCAUUUGGUCCUGAAAAGGUCUCUCCAAGGGAAACAGCUAUAUGGCUGGCAAAGAGCUUCAAAGAAACAGCAAUAUAGUAUAAGGACUUUUAGGCCUGCUGCCCGCUGCCUGGUGCUUAGAAACCGAAGUCAGAUGCUCACCAUACUGCAUUGUUAACACAAGGUAUCCUGGGAACUUUUCAUCAGUUUUGUGAUGUGAAGUAGCUGGAUAGGCUCACAAUGUAGCAUGGGGUUGGUUGUUGAUUUUCUUCAACAUCAUACUUGUAGCAGGUUGUGAUGAUUUUGUCUUUUUCUAGUGUCAUCUCCCUCUUUUCCCAUGUACAAAGAUGAUCUCCAUUUAGUUGACCUUGGAUAGAGAAUUUACAGGUGCAGGUACUGGGAAGAUCAUCAGAACCACGAUUGUUGAAUCUGUUUUUUGCCGCACAAAAAACUCAAGUGAGUUGCUGAUUGAUAAAUUUGGUCGAACUCAUAGUCACCAUCAUCACUUUGCCAGGCCCCAAUCCGGUUGGUUGUAUAUGGGUCCUAUCUGCAUUUGCAACCUAGUCUACCUGAAAAAGAAACAAAUUAUUCAGACAUUAUGAAUUCCCAAAACAGAUGGGAGUGUGCUUGUGAAUUUGUGCUUAGUAGGUGAUUUGAACAUCGCAGAAAGGUGAUUUUAACAUCUCAAGCUUCUAAUGUCUAAAACCACAUCCUGUUAAGGUGAUUUCUGGGGCCAUAGCCUGGUGAAGUACUGUUUUCUGUGGCCGGAGCAUGCAGAAUUGCUGGUAUGUCAGUGCAGUUGUACACUAGCUUCUGAUUCAUGUGUAAGCAUAUAGACUGUCAUCUGGAAGCACAAUGUAUUUUGCUUUUAUUUCUGGUUCCACUGCUACCAUGCCUAUAAUUUAGAAUCAUCAAUGCUUAGGAUUUCAUGUCACUGUUCUAUGAUGCUAAUAGUAGGAAGUUGAUGGAAGUUGGGAUUUUGUAUAUUUUUUACAUGUUUGUUGCAAAGUCACCAAAUUGGUUUACUAA